UCCACCGGAAUAAGAAGAGCUACGUGACUUUGCGACGAAUGCUAUCUGCAGUGCUCUGCAACCUAUAAGUGGAUGCAGUUUCUGCGUUAAAUUUUGGAUGUCCUUGAUUACCGGCGUGAGUAAUCUGCACUUACAGAUAGACGUUCACGCGUAGCUGCUCUCGAGAUCUUGAAAGGGACCGGUCACGGUAUGGCCACUUCUAGUUGUCACGCUGCAGAAGAUCGCGGAGGGAGUCAACUGUAACGCAUAAAUUGAGGGUUGCUUGUUUUUGGGGGCGAAGGUGGCGAAAAAAAACACUGUUGAGUUCAUUGACUAGAGAGCUAAGUAGCGGUUGUGUCGUCUUCGUCGGUGGCUGUGGAUUUAUCUAAAUUCUGACCGAGCGAUCUUCGGAUAGGUACAUGUUGCGUUGUCAUUGAAUUUCACGUUAUCUAGGUGAGUGCAGUGUUGUGAAAAAUUUAUGUGUAAUCGCUACAGCUCGUCGACGGUUGAUGAUUAGCGAGCUGGUGUCACUGCGGAAGAUUAGUUUUGCACGAGACGUCGACGGGAUCGGAUUUCGGAAUGCUGUUAGUGCUAAGUGUAUUCGUCGUUAUACUCUGUUGUGUGCUUUUCGUGAGCCAUCGACGGAAGUACAAAUUCGCGGAUGCUGUGCCAAGCUUGCAACCGGUGUACCCUUUGCUGGGAAAUGCGGACAUUAUGUGGAAAAGUGAUACCGAGAGGUUCGAAACUAUCGUGAAGAUAUUUAGUGAGCAUGAUCGGAUGGUGAAGGUUUGGGCAGGGCCGCAGAUGUUGCUCUUUACGUGCCAUCCAGAUCUGGUGCAGCAGAUUCUGUCCAGUAGUGAUUGCUUGGAGAAGCCGUUCCUGUACAGCUUUGCCGGGUUCGAGAGAGGACUCUUUACAUCGAAAUACAAACUAUGGCGCAGUAUGCGCAAGCGGCUCAACUCCAGCUUCAACCUGCGCAUUCUGCACGGGUUCAUUCCCGUGUUUGUGCAAUGCGCCCGCAAAAUGGUGGAGGACCUGAACGAAAACCCGGAUGGAACUGUGGUCAGUAUGCACAAAUUCACCUCGGUUUGCACGCUGGAGAUGGCUUGUGGAACGACUCUGGGCAGCGACAUAACCCGGCGGGAAGGGAAAGAGGAAUUCGUGCACGGUUUGGACAUCGCAUUUGGCGAAGCGGCCAGAAGAAUGGUGAGCGUUCAUCUCUAUCCGAACAUCGUGUACCACCUGACCAAAUACCAUAGAGAGCUUGUGCAAGCCCGAGGAGUCGUGUGCGACUUUUUUAGCAGGCUUGUAACCGAGAGACGAAAUACAAUGAGUUUGAAUUGUAACAAAAAAAGCAACGAAGAGGAGUUGGAUUUCGAUCGCAAACCGAAGAUUCUGAUCGACCAAUUGCUGAGCGUUAAUCGGGAUGGCAAAUCCUUCAGUGAUACCGAAAUCGAGGAUAACAUCUACGCGGUUAUCACCGGGGCUAAUGACACAUCCGGACUCCUGAUUGCCCACGCCUGUUUGUUCCUGUGCUUCUACAAGGACAUCGAGGAGAAGCUGUUCACCGAAAUCAUGGAGUUCAUGCCGAACGAAGAGUUCGAAAUCAACCCGGAAAGUCUUAAACAGCUGAGCUACUUGGAGAAAUUCCUGAAGGAGUGCCUUCGCCAUUGUCCCGUGGCGCCGAACAUUUCCCGCGAGAACAUGUCCGAGAUAGAAAUCGAUGGCAUGAAGGUACCCCCAGGGAACAUAUUCAUCAUGAACUUCUACGCCUUGCACCGGCGGAAGGACAUCUGGGGCCCGGACGCGGACAAAUUCGAUCCGGAACAGUUUUCGGAAGAGCGAUCGCGAAAUCGUCAUCCAUUUGCGUAUCUGCCCUUCAGCGGAGGGAAUCGGAUUUGCAUCGGAUGGCGCUACGCGAUGUUCAGCAUGAAGGUUAUGCUGAUCUACCUGAUUCGGAACUUCCAGUUCGAGACGGAGAUUCGGCCGGAGCAGGUCCGCUACCGGCAUGAUCUGACCAUGAAGCUCCCGUUCGAGCACAUGAUUAAGGUGACCAGGAGGAAGCUAGAGGGUUCGACGGUUAUGAGUGAUAUUUUGAAACACCCCGAGCUGGUGCCGAAGGAGGGUAGGGAAUAGGUUUCAAUGUGGGUUUCGUGGAUGCUUCUAUUUUGUACAUAGAAUAUUACGUUUAAGUAGUAAAUUUAUUACGAAAACAUGAA